AUGAACAAGACGACUCCAGUACUUGUCAGGGACUUGUUUUCUACUGCUUUUUUGAAAAACUUUAUUGUUGUUUCAAUCUGGUUGAGUCUCAGUUACAUUAACUGCACUGUCAUCAUCACCUUCUUCAGGCACCAGAUGUUUUGCCAAGAUCCUCGUUACAUCCUCUUCAUUCACAUGGUAAUCAGCGAUGCCAUCCAGCUAACGGUAACCAUAAUGCUCUUCAUCUUGAGCUAUGUCCUGUACACCAUCAAUGUGUCAGUUUGCUGCUUUUUCCUCCUCGUGGCCAUCUUCACCACGCGGAACACGCCCAUCAACCUGUCUGGCAUGGCGCUCGAGCGGUACAUCGCAGUUUGCAAACCCCUCCGACAUUCCCAGAUCUGCACCGUCAAGCGGACAUACGUCCUCAUCGGCUUCAUCUGGUUCCUGUGCAUUACCCCAGAAACAGCUGACCUCUUCAUCACUUUGAGCAACAAGCCAAUCAGCUUCUUCUACACAUCUGUCUUCUGCUUGCGACACAAUAUUUUCAAAGACCCCGGACAGACCUACCGGCGGCAGGCCUUUGACGCUUUAUACUUCUCGUUUGUGGUCUUCACCUUGGUUUACACCUACCUGCGCAUCAUGUGGGCAGCUAAAGCUCUGUCCACAGAGAAGGUCUUGGCCCAGAAAGCCAGGAAAACCAUCCUUCUGCAUGGAGUCCAGCUUCUGAUGUGCAUGCUCUCCUAUGUUUCUUCCAGCGUCGAGUUGGCCAUUAACCAGAUUUUCCCAAGAUAUGCCUCAGAGAUCCGCUAUGCCACGUAUCUGAUUGUGUUCAUCCUCCCGCGAUUUCUAAGUCCCAUCAUUUAUGGUAUUCGGGACAAAAAGUUUUACCAGUACUUAAAAAGAGAUUUUAUCUGCAAUGUUGGUCGGGCCAGACCUACUAGCAUUCUUCGCACUGUGAAUGUGUAA